AUGCAACGAGAAACAGCACCAGUAUCUUUUUCCAGAAGUGGCGAUUCCUCUCGAAAGAGGGGCAAAUCUGUAUUCAGAACACUAGAGAAUGCAAGAGAAACAGCACCAGUAUCUUUUCCGAAGUGGCAAUUCUCUCGUAUUCAGAACAAGGGCAAAUCUGUAUUCAGAACACUAGAGAAUGCAACGAGAAACAGCGCGCAAUAUCUUUUCCGAAGUGGCAAUUCUCUCGAAAGAGGGCAAAUCUGUAUUCAGAACACUAGAGAAUGCAACGAGAAACAGCACCAGUAUCUUUUCCGAAGUGGCAAUUCUCUCGAAGAGGGCAAAUCUGUAUUCAGAACACUAGAGAAUGCAACGAGAAACAGCACCAGUAUCUUUUUCCGAAGUGGCAAUUCUCUCGGAAAGGGCAAAUCUGUAUUCAGAACACUAGAGAAUGCAACGAGAAACAGCACCAGUAUCUUUUCCGAAGUGGCAAUUCUUCCCGAAAAGGGUAAAUCUGUAGUUCAGAACACUAGAGAAUGCAACGAGAAACAGCACCAGUAUCUUUUCCGAAGUGGCAAUUCUCUCGGAAAAGGGCAAAUCUGUAUUCAGAACACUAGAGAAUGCAACGAGAAAAAGCACCAGUAUCUUUUCCGAAGUGGCAAUUCUCUCGGAAGAGGGCAAAUCUGUAUUCAGAACACUAGAGAAUGCAACGAGAAACAGCACCAGUAUCUUUUCCGAAGUGGCAAUUCUCUCCGGAAGAGGGCAAAUCUGUAUUCAGAACACUAG